UUUUAUUUAAGCACGCCCUUUAUACCUGCCCAACCUCUCUUUCCAUUGACGACACACCAAAAAGUCAUAACUUGUACAUAUUAAACACUCUUCAUACCCCCCUUCUCGCUCCUCCAAACAUUUCAUGUGCUCAUUGCUUGCAUUACUGUUACUAUGGGCGACCACGAUUGUAGCACAGCCACAACGCUUCGAACGCGAUUAUGAGAAUCGAAUAUAUUACACCUUUUACACGCCAAGUGGUGCGUCAGAAGCGGCAUCCAUAGUUGCUCAACAACUCGGUGCUCGGUUCGAGGGUCAAGUGGGCGAGCUACCCCAGUACUACUGGGUGAGCGAAUCUCGUCACCAACUCGACAAACGAAGCGACGGCGAUCUCGUCGAACGGUUUCAAAAGAUUCGUGAGCGACGGAAACACGGCAAUAGUGACAGUAUUAACUAUAAUAAACGGCGGCGACGGACUGUCGACGACCUGAUUGACCAGAUUGAACGUGUUGAUCGUCAGGUACCAAGACGACGAUUGCAUAAGCGAGGUGUAUUACCAGUGAAACGACAGGUAUUGGACGACGACAACUCUCUUUACCCGCCCGUCGUCGAGAAUGUUGGUGAAGAACAGACAGCAAAUCAUGAAGCAGUGCCUGUAGAUUGGCUACUCGAUCAACCAGAUGGAUUCGAAACACUUAAACAGUCGUUGGGUAUUGAGGAUCCUGGAUUCGAACAGCAGUGGCAUUUGGUGAAUCAAGAGCAACGAGGCCAUGAUGUCAAUGUUACUGGCGUAUGGAGUCAAGGGAUUACGGGGCAAAACGUGGUAGUGGCAAUUCUUGAUGAUGGACUUGAUAUGGAAAGCGAGGAUCUUAAGGACAAUUUUUUUGCUGCAGGGUCCUACGAUUUUAAUGCGCGGACUGAAUUACCAAAGCCGAGGUUAGAAGAUGACAAUCACGGAACUCGGUGUGCCGGGGAAAUAGCGGCUGUUAAGAAUGAUGUCUGUGGUGUUGGCAUGGCUUAUGGCGCGAAAGUUGCUGGUAUUCGAAUACUGUCGGAGGAUAUCACUGAUGCGGAGGAAGCAGAGGCUUUAAAUUACAAAUACCAUGACAAUCACAUUUAUUCUUGCUCAUGGGGCCCACCGGAUCUGGGUGAAGUAGCGGAAGCACCUCAGGGAAUUGUAUUAGAUGCCAUUGUCAACGGUAUACAGAAGGGUCGCAACGGGAGUGGUACAAUUUUCGUAUUCGCGUCUGGGAACGGUGGUGCCAAUGACGACAACUGCAACUUCGAUGGAUAUACGAAUAGCAUGUACACGAUCACCGUGGGUGCCAUAGACCGACUUGGCAAUCAUCCGUAUUAUGCCGAACGAUGCUCAGCACAACUUGUGGUGACUUACUCGAGUGGCAGUGGAGGCCAUAUCUACACCACAGAUGUUGGACGCAAUGUAUGCUCUUCACGCCACGGAGGAACUUCAGCAGCUGCUCCGCUAGCAGCGGGCAUUUUUGCUUUGGUGUUGUCGGUACGGCCCGAUCUCACCUGGCGCGAUAUGCAGCAUUUGUGUGUGCAAACUGCGGUACCUGUUUCGAUCGAGGAUUCGGACUGGGACACUCUACCCUCAGGCAGAAUGUACAACCAUAAGUUCGGAUACGGAAAGCUUGACGCCUACGCCAUUGUUGAGCACGCGAAAACGUUUGAAAACGUUGGCCCACAGACGUAUUUGCAACUUUCCCUGGCACCUGCUGAUAAGCAAGAUAUACCCGAUCUGACGGAUCUUUCAGGCAACGUGGAUAAAAAUGAUGCAUUAACGAGCACCAUUACUGUCACUCAAGAAAUGGUUGAUGCGGCCGGAUUGGGUCGCAUGGAGCAUGUCACCGCUACCGUCAACAUCGAACAUGGACGAAGAGGUGAUCUAGAAACUUUGCUGGAAAGCCCAAGUGACAUUGUCAGUCAGCUAGGAGCUUCAAGAAAGUUUGACGCAAGCACGGAGGGUCUCGUUGACUGGACAUUUAUGACUGUCAAGCAUUGGGAAGAAAAUCCUGUUGGUAAUUGGACUUUACGGAUUGUGGAUGGUAAAAACCCUCAAUUUACGGGCAAGUUUAUCAACUGGACAUUGACUAUAUGGGGCGAGAUGGCACCUGGAUUUGAAAGCAUUCCUGUACAUACACCAAUCCAAGAUGAUCAAUUCAAUAAUCCGACUCUCGCUCCAGGCGAGUACGACCCUGAUUCACCUAUUGGAAACGAUGAUAGCGACGUCGAGAACCUUGACUCCGCUGAUCCCGAACAAGAAUCAUCAAUACCACCAAACAAUGGCAACGGCGGCAGCCCAUCCUCAAACCAGGAUGAAGCUGCUGUGUCACCGCAGCCUAUAAUACCCACACUACUUGAUACACUGGACCGGCCACGCGACGACCAUCGAAGCUUUUUUGCAUACAUCAUUGGCGUGCUGCUUGUCGUUGUCGUUGGCGGAACAGUGGCAACCAUUGUCCGAAAACGACUCGCUGCACAGCAGCCCGCAUCACAGACGACAGCUUAUACAGGCGUCAAUCGACACGAUGCAGAUCAAUACGAAUUCGACGUCCUUCGAAAUCAUAGCCGGCGACAUCAUUAUCCCCAACACCCCCCAUCACUAGAGCGCGUUUCUGAAGAGGCGGAAGACGAUGUCGUCAACGAAACGUCAACUUUUAUCCCUACUACUAGUGUCAGCACGAGCAGCAACAGUAGCACACCUACUAGCAAUCCCAUGUCAAAACGUCAAGCAUCAUCUUUUAAAAAGUCAUCAGCAGACGUAAAGGGCAAAGCCGUCCUGCGUUCACCAUCUUCAGCAUAGUUUAAUUCUCCUUCUUUUUGUAAUGUAAAAAUAGUAUAACUUUCUUAAUACAUCUCUUUCAUUUAAUAAAUUGUGAUUUUCAUGUUUGU